UACCGUCACCUUAGGGCGCACCAACUUUUUUUGUAACUCUUUCCGCUGUACCCACGAGAGUCAACGAGCCACCUCACCCCGUGCCAGUCGGACCUGUAUGGCCCCAUCGAUCGCCAUGUCAGCUUUGACCGCUGGUUUGAAAACCGAAGAGCUCCCUCCCCGCUCGGUUCUCGUCAGCAGAAGCGAGAUGCAGACCAGCCUGAGCCCCGCAGAGGAGACCGUGAAGCCCAAAGUUGCUAUUUUGCCCUUCAGCGUCGAGGCACUGAUGGCUGAUAGGAAACCCAGCAGAGAGGUGGCAUCCCCGGAUGCCCCGUCCGUUCCCGGGACGUCCCACGCGCUGGGAAAGGGCGUCAGGAUGGGUUCUUUUGGUAGUCUGGAUACUUCAGUUCCUGCUUUACCCAUGAGCUCCUCGUUUUCAGUGGGCGACAUCAUGAAUAUGCCAGAAGACGUGUUGAUAAAACCUGAGAGCCCGGACAAUAACGAGAGGACUUCAUGGCUGCAGAGUCCUCGUUUUUCUCCCACACCUCCGCGAAGGUUGAGUCCUCCUGCAUGUCCCCUGCGAAAACACAAGACAAACAGAAAGCCCCGGACUCCCUUCACCACGUCCCAGCUGCUGGCCCUAGAGAGAAAGUUCCGCCAGAAGCAGUACCUUUCCAUCGCUGAGCGCGCAGAGUUCUCCAGUUCCCUCAACUUGACGGAGACCCAGGUGAAAAUCUGGUUUCAGAACAGGAGAGCCAAAGCCAAGCGGCUGCAGGAGGCAGAACUUGAAAAACUGAAAAUGGCAGCUAAGCCCAUGCUGCCUCCAGCUUUCGGGAUUUCCUUUCCUCUCGGUGCGCACGUCCCCGCGUCCUACGCAGGGUCGCACCCUUUCCAGAGGCACUCGCUGCCGGUUUCCCCUGUGGGACUGUACGCCGCUCACGUCGGAUACAGUAUGUACCACCUCGCUUGACAGGGGACGAAGGACACGUGCAGUGGGACACAAGGGGGGUUAGGCUACUCUCGAGGGCCACGCGAGAGGGGAGGGGGCUCCUCGGACAGGUGAGGUAACACUUAAUACUAAAUAAAGAGGCAUCCUGGCGGUGAACUCCGUGUCACAUCUUGUCAGGGGGGCAAGACCUCCAAACAGACCCCCUUCUGAGGACCUUGAAGUUUAUCCACUUCCCUCGACCUCGCCAGUAAGUUCACACACUGCAAAAAUUAUCCAACUUUAGUCAUUUACUCCUGAACUUAAUGAUAAUGCCAAUCAGGAACGUAAUGAUAUAAAUAUUAAUUCAGAAAAUAAUCUGUGUGAGACUAAAUGACUUUAAAAUGGAGAUUUUUGCGGUGCAGAGGUGGAAAAAUUAUUUAGUGCCUGUAGGCCUGUGAAAUGUCACAAAUGGACAGUCAAGUAUGGACACUAGACUGCGUGCUGUAGUGUGUCAAACGUAGCCCACUCCGUUACAUUUAAGCCUUUUUAAAAAGGCUAUUAAACCAGCUUCUUGACAUUCAGCACCAGUAAACUUAUGUUGGGCUUCCAUCGCAUCAGUGGGCUGCUGUCACACUGCAAAGAGAACAUCGUUUUUUCUGCAUUCAUAUCAAUGCGUAACUAUAGUGGGUUACUGAAUCCAGUGUCAAUGAAUGCUCUUUGUGAAUUUGAAGAACCACAGCAUUUUGGGGGGGGGGGUUUUUGGGGUUGGGUUUUUUUUUUUAUAACAGCACUGUCUGUUGUUGGAAUGAUUCCCUUCGGAAGGGAUAUGUGUACUGUAAAAUAAUGUAUAUUUGAAGAAUAUCCUCAUUUAUAUUAUGAAUAUAUUUGUGACAUAACUUAACAAUAAAUUGUUUAUUCUUUUUCAUUAA